CACCGCAUCGUAAUCCUCGACAUCAACUCCCUCCAAGGCCCUUCCAUCGCCGCCUCCAUCGCCGCCGAGUUUGACAAGACGUGUGAGGAAAUAAAAUUUGUCAAGUGUGAUGUGUCUAGUUGGGAAGAGCAGGCGAGGGCGUUUAGGGAGGUGGUGCCGUCGUUGUUUGGGGGGAGGUUGGAUUUGGUGGUUGCUAAUGCGGGGAUUGGAAGGGGGCCGGAGGCGGAGGGGAGGGUGGACGAUGGUGGUGGUGAUGAGCAGGGCCAGGGCCCGGAGAAACCGGGGUUGAGAGUGUUGGAGGUUAAUCUUUCGGGGGUUGUUUAUGCUGUCAAGUUGGCGAGUUACUAUAUGAACAGGAACCCUCUUCCUGCUCCAACUUCUCCUUCUACGGGAUCAGCAUCAUCAAAGCCACCAAGAAGAGGAUCGAUAAUCUGCACCGCAUCCAACGCCGGACUUUACCCGUUCCCCAUCUCGCCGUUAUACGCGGCCUCCAAGGCCGGGGUGAUUGCGCUGGUCCGUUCCGCGGCGAGGGUUCUGGCGAGGGGAGACAUUCAGAUCAAUGCUUUGGCGCCUGCUACUCUUGAAACAAACAUAGCCCCUUCCAAGGAGCUCUUCAAAUCCAUGACGCUAACACCCAUGGAAGUCCUGCUCCGCGGCGUCGACAUGUUCCUUGCGGAUCCGAAGCUGACGGGGCAAGUGGCAGAGAUCCACGGGAAUGGGACGGGGGCAGAUGAUGGCGAUGGCGGUGGCAGUGGCGUGACGAUUCGACCGCAUCAUGAGUUUGUGGAUGAGGCUAGCGAGAGGAACAUUGAGGCCUUUUGGGAUUUGGGAUAUGCUUGA